AUGAACGAGGACGCCAAGCAUCCAGUUAUCUUACCCCAUCACCAAAAGUUGACGAGGCUCAUCAUCGUCAACACCCAUGAGUCUCGAUUUCACGCCUCGACCGAAAGGACACUCUAUGAGGUGAGCGCCACCUAUUGGAUCGUCAGAGGAAGAAGAAAGGUGCGCCAAGUGGUCAACUCCUGCCUAGACUGUCGGAAGCGACACGCGAAACCAUUGGCUCCGGAAAUGGCACCCCUUCCCGCCUGUAGAGUGACGCCUUUCCAACCACCGUUCAGCAAUGUCGGGGUCGAUUACUUUGGCCCACUGCACGUUCCAGUCAAGCGGAGUACGGAGAAAAGGUACGGGGUGCUAUUCACCUGCCUCGUCACGAGGGCUGUCCACCUGGAGCUAGCCAACACCCAGGACACCGACUCAUGCCUCAUGGCCGUGCGUCGCUUCGUAGCUCUGCGAGGCUCCCCAAAGAACGUGUGGAGCGAUAAUGGGACCAACCUGACAGCCUGCGAAAAGGAAUGGAAAACGGGGCUGGCAAGGAUUAUUAGCGAGGGCCGACUGGUGGCGGAAAUGGCUGAUAAAGGCCUCAACUGGCAAUUCUCCCCUCCAUCAGCCCCACAUUUUGGCGGAUCCUGGGAAAGCUUGGUCAAAUCAGCGAAAUCGGCGCUUAAGGUAGUACUGGGCACCACCACAGUGAACGAAGAAGUGCUGCGUACCGUCCUAGCAGAAGUGAUGGCUAUCCUUAACGCUCGCCCGCUGACACACCUGAGCGUCGACCCGGAAGACGAAAGCCCACUCACCCCCAAUCACUUUUUUCUAGGCCGAGCCCACCCACACAUUCUUCCUGAUUUGUUCGAUGAAGAUGGGCCGCUGUCGUGCAAACGCUGGAAGCAGGCACAAGAGAUAACCACCCGGUUCUGGCGUCGCUGGAUGACGGAGUAUGUACCGUCAUUGACGGAGAGACGGAAAUGGACCCGGAAGAGCCGCAACGUCCAAGUCGGCGACCUAGUACUCAUCGUGGACCAAAAUGCACCGAGGGGGACGUGGCUGACGGGUACGGUCAGCCGGCUGUUACCGGCGAAAUCUUCACUGCCGUCCGGAGAGCAGGUGGUCCGGACCGUCUGGGUAAAGACGACGACCGGCGAAUACCGACGGCCCGUCGUGAAACUGUGUCUCUUACGUCAAGCCACGGACUCCUCUUCCUGA